UUAUCAAUUAUCAUUCGGUAAGAUCCACGAAAAUCCAUCUGGUCCUUUUUUAUUUCAGUUAUGUCAGAUUUAAAAGUUUCUUCUCCCGUAAUUGAAAUAUUGGAGAAACGUGUAUACAUAGGGGGUCUUUCUAAAGAUAUUAACGAAAAAGAUUUGGAAAUUCGGUUUAAUUCUUUUGGAGUUGUAUCAAAAGUAGACAUCAUACGACAGUCUACAGGGGAGUGUCGCGGGUUUGCCUAUGUUACAUUAAAGACAACUGAUAGUAGCUGGAAAAAAUGUGUUUCUCUUUUUAAUGGAGCUAAAUGGAAUGGAAUGACUUUAAAAGUUCAGGAAGCGAAACUCGAUUAUAAACAGAGAUUGAAAAGCGAAUGGGAAAUUCAAAAGUCUUCAACUCCGCCAUGUAAAAAACGUAAACGGGGUCAUUUUCAUAACGAAUUUGCCGAAGAUAUGAGCUUAGUAACUGAUAAUAAUUUUGAGCACAGAAAGGGCUGGAAAAAAACAAAAUAUGGUCGUGCAGUAUCAGUUAUGCGAUUAAAAAAGGACGAUGGAACAAGGAUAAUAAUUGAUCCCAGUCGCUAUAAAGGCAAUAUUUUGAAAUUUUCUGAUAAAGUCAUUGAUGUUAAACCAAAAUCACUUGCUCAAUUACCAUAUUUUUACGAGGAAUAUGAAAUUAAAGAGAAACAACCUUUAAUAAAUCAAAAUGAUGAAAAUAAAAGUCAAGAUGAUUUUGAUGCGAAAUCGGAUGAUAAAUUAGAACAAAACAAUUUUACAUCAUUCAUUCCUAAAUUUACUAACCAAACACUUGUAGUUACUCAAACUCAUUUACCUCCUUCAAUUAUUAAUGAUCUUAGAAAAUUGAAAUUAGAAAAAUUAGAAAAUGAAAAGGAUGAAAAAGAUGAAAAAGAUGAAAAUAAUGAAAAAAACUUAUUAAAACAAGAACAAUCCAAUCAAAUCCGUUUGGAAGCACUUAAACAGCGUGCGCAAGAAAAACGUGCGGAAAGAGAAAAGAUCACACAAGCGUUAAGAAUAGGAACUGUUUUAAACAACACAAAACGCAUAGUGUUUAGUGAUAAUGAUGACACAAAACAAGAUACAAUGAAAUUGUUUGAUUCAGAUGAAUCUGACAAAGAUGAAUCAGUAAAAGAAAACGAGUUGAUGGAUAUUGUGGUAAAUCCGCUCUUUGAGGGUACUUCAGGACGGGAUCGCCUUAAUUUGCAAAAAAAGUUUCAUGGUGAUGAACGAUUUAAAUUGACAGAGGAUUUUGUUAGCGAUGAAGAAGAUAAUCAAAAAGAUGAAAUAAAUAAAAUUUCUUCUGGUAAAGCUGAUGAUGACGAAAAUCACGAAAUUACCAAAUUGUUAAAAGAAGAAAGAGACAAUCAAUUUGAUAUCCUAAAAGUUAUGUUUGGAGAUGAUAUGAAGCCUGAACAAUCAAAUUCGAAAAAGAAAGAAACUCAAUGGAAAAAUAUGGUUCAUUUUGAUCCUGACGCACCAGAAGCUAAGUCGUUGGAAGUUCAAAAAAAAGAAGUUGAUGAAAUUACUCCAUCAUUAUCACAACCUUUGCCCAAAGUAUCAAAGGAUGUAAAAGUAGAAAUUAAUGCUGAUUUAAAAGGAAUAUUUACUUCUCAAUCAUCAAAUGAUAAACCUUUCUCACUUUUCGAUGAUGACGAUGAUGAUGAUGCUGAAAGCGAGAUUCAAGAUAUGAAAUUACAUGAUGAGAAUGAAUCGGCUUUGGUUGAUAAAAAGGAAUUACCUGUAACUGAUAAAAUAGAAAGAGUAGACAAAGUAGCGAAUCAAAAAAUUCAAACUUUUUCGGAACCACUAUUCUUUUUUCAUUUUGGAGACAACGAGUUAUUAAAGAGAUCACACUUCAGAGAAAUGAAAAUAUUCAUGCGUACGUCACCAGUGUAAGUGUUAAAGUCAUGAUUAAGUGGUCGUUUAUUUAAUUAAUUGUUGAUUUUUUUUAGUGAAGAAAUUGUUUCUAAUUGGGAAAAAACUUCACGUGACUUGACGAAAGAAUAUAAACGUAAACAUAAAUCCGUAUCGCGUAAAAUGAACAAGAUAAAGAAAAAAAGAUAAUUUUGUUACAUUAUUUAUAUUGUUUUUUAUAAAUUUAUACUUAAUAAAGUAAAAUAUUUUAUUUG